GCGAGCACCGAAGCCAUUCAUGAUUUUGGUGACGUGAUUCCAAGAGUGGGUGAGGGGCGGGGCCUCGGAGGCAAGCCCCGCCCUCCCCCGCCGCUAUAAAUCCGGCUUCCCGGGCUCUUUGUGGGACCCGGAGCUCGGGGUGCACCGCCGACGCCGCUGGCCGCGGGGCUGUCCUCACUCGGGACGCGGUGGCCGCUGCUCCGUCGCGAGGGCGUGGGUCAGCCUCGCUCUCCCGGGACUUCAUGUCUGUUUAUUUCCCCAUUCACUGCCCUGACUACCUGAGGUUGGCUGAGAUGACUGAAGUGAUGAGCGCCCCAUCUAUGGAGGAGAUCGGCCUCAGCCCCCGCAAGGAUGGCCUUUCCUAUCAGAUCUUCCCCGACCCGUCCGACUUUGACCGCUGCUGCAAACUGAAGGACCGUCUGCCCUCCAUCGUUGUGGAACCCACGGAAGGGGAGGUGGAGAGUGGGGAGCUCCGGUGGCCCCCUGAGGAGUUCUUGGUCCAGGAGGGGGAGCAGGACAACUGUGAAGAGACCGCGCAAGCGAGCAAGGAGCAGUAGAGUCCCCACGGGCCCCCGGGUCCCAGCGGCCGGCCUCUGACCCUGAACUGUUGUUCCCAUCCAGAUGGAAGAGAGCAAGGCGCAGCCGUUCUGAAAAUGUCAAGCGAGGCUUCCUUUUGCACCUGCAAAUCACCCAGUCAGUUUUCUGUUCUUUUCUUUCGUUCUAUUUUUUGUUUUCUUUUUUAAAUUCGUCGAGCAGCGGAGCCCUCUGACAACUUACAAGAUCUUCUGAGAAAGGGAGCUGCUGAGAAGAGGGGGCGGGUGGGGGAGGGGUGCUUCUGAGAUCCCUAUCUGAACCCCCUGCCACAGGCUGUGUGUGUGUGUGUGUGUGUGUGUGUGUGUGUGUGUGUGUGUGUGUUGGUGGGGGGAGGGGCAUCUGGCUGGCUGGGGGAGGGGAUGAUCAUAUGAGCAAGGAACAUUUGGGGUAAGAAAGCAAACACCAGGCAAAAGGAAAAAAAAAUACAUUUUGAAGAGAACUAGGGACGUGCUCACCAGUAUUUGCUCCAGAGAACGCAGUUUUCAUCUUGAGCUCUGAGUCACUGGCCACCAGCUUUUGCUUUUGUUUCAGGUGUGCUGGUCAACCCCAGGGAAAAGGGAAAGGGGCCGUGUGCACAGCCAUCGCGGGGGGGGGGGGCGGGGGGUGGGGGCCACGCUGUCCUUCCCCUGGACUCAGCCCCAGCUGCUGCAGGCUCGCAGAACCCAGUGGAUAUGAGGGUUUUAAGAAGCAGCCUUUUGAGCUUUUCUUCCCUGACUUUAUUUUAUUUUAUUUUAUUUGCCCCCCAGCACUUUUGGGGGAAUAGUGAGAGCAUCAUGUCUUGUCCUUGUUGGAUACCCCGAGACUGCAGGUGGACCGUGGAAGGGCCUGCUUCCGCUGUGGGUCUCGCAGAACAGACGCUCUAUGGAGUGGGCUGCCCCCGGCCUGCCCUUCCUUCUCCUGCCAUGACCCGCCUGCCCUGUGGGUUCCCAGCCUGGCGCCCUGUGAGUCCAAAGCGCAGCGGGAAUGUCAUGGUUGAGAAGGAGCCUUGACAGCGCGGCCUGGCGGGCACUAAGCUUCCCGCGAAGCCGCGGUGGGGUCCAGGUGGAGAUCAAGCUGUCCAGGGGUCCCCGCUUCUCCCCGUGUUGCUCCUGAAGCAGUGGGAGGAAGGUGUGGGGAGCCCAGCGGUGUCCCCCGUGGAACUGCGGUUCCCGCCCCGCCUCCCACCCCGCAGUCUCAGGCAAGGACAGCAGGUGCAUGAGGAAGACGCUUCCGCACGCAGAGCCUCUGAUCACAGCUCCGGACCUUCUGGACCAGAACAGAUUCUUCCCACAUCUCUAUUUCAGAGCAGGACUGUGCGGUCAAGAAGUGGACCUAUAGCCUUCCUUGGGCUUCGCUUGGCCAACCAAGGCACCCGUGAUGUCCCCUUGGGUGUUUGGUCGGUCUAGUCCCCCAGCUUUGUGUGUUUAGCUGUAUUUAAUACCUCAAGGGCAGUGUGACUCUGGGGCACACCGGGGCAGGAGGAUGGGGAGUGUGCUCUCAGCACGGCAUUUGGCAUUUGGCUGCCGCGGUCACCCCACGCCCAGCUUCCUUCCCCUCUUGUCUGCCUGUGACACACACCGAUGGCAAUAACUCCUUCUGCUCCUCGCGGAAGCAGGGAGGGCUGCGGGCAGCCACGCCGGGGCUUCUCUCGCACUCCCCGCCCUCCGAGAUCUGUUCCUCACGCCUCCUUCCCCUGCGACCUUUCGAAUCCCUUGCCUUCCUUUGUGGACGGGGGUCCGGCCUUUGAAAUUCCUGUAUUCUGGUGUCUCCUCACCCCUACCCCAGAUCCUGUGUCCUGGUCUUGCCGUGUGAUGGGAACGUGCUUGUAAACCUGUAUCAACUCGACUUUGUUUAUAUGUGUGUUUAUGGGGUGGUCUAUUCCUUUGGUCAGUCACUAGGCCGCAUUGUACGAUCAUGUGCAGUCUGAGCAGAACGUGGGCUGACAGCUCGUGUCAGGCCCCUCAACAGUGGGACCUGUUGGCGGGGGACCCAGCUGCUCUUGGACAAGUGGCUGAGCUCCUGUCUGGCCUCCUCCUUUUUUUUUUUUUUAAAGUAAUUUGUGUGUAUUUGUAAGUGAUCAUAUAAAAUAUCCCUAGUAUUUCAGUGAAAUGCCUGUGGUGAGACGACCCUCCUAUAACUUCUGUCUGCUCUGUUUUGAGGCUCAGGGACAAACUAGCAUUUUUUUCCCCCGAACUACUUUUUGUCACUGUGACAGUUGUAAAUAAAGUUUGAAAAUGCUUUCCA